GAAGAUCAAAGAGAUCAAGAGACAGGCCUAGAGAGAAAAGCUCUGCCGAAGGACACUUAGAAAGUGGGGCAGGAAUCAAGGAGGGAUCGGAGGGAGUCGUGGGAGAUCUGAACACGUGGCAACAUGACACGUCGAGGCGAACUGAAUCGCCCAACGUCGCAGCAUCCUCAUUCUCGUCUCCGCGCCCGACCAUCCUUCCCCCUCUGCUGGCCUUCUGAUCACGGCGCGUGGUACUCCACCCACGCCGAGGACACUCAUAACCAUGGCGGCGAGAUUGCGCGCGGGCGCAAACCCGUCAAAGCAGAACAAGAUGGAGAAGUUCACGUUCACUCUUGGCAAGCUCGAUGCCGGAAUGGCCAUCCUCUUGGGGCCCAACUCACACCUCCUCGAGUUCCCAUCCCUCCUCAUUCCCGAGCCUUCACCUAACGAGCCGCCUCUUGGCCCAGGCUCCAUUCUCACGAUCACAGUCACUCGUGACCUCGAAGCUGAGCGCGCGGCGCAAAGUGCAUUUGGACAGCUGCAGGAGUCUAUUCUGGACGCGUUCGGCACCAGCGCACCCGUCAAGCCCGAGCUCAGCAUACUCAACGUUACACAGACAAGUGUCGCUCUAGAGUGGAGCAAGCUUCAGCUUGGGAGCGCGACCUUCCGCAGCCUUGAGAUGUAUCGCAACGGUCAGCGGUGGGGGCGCGUUGGUGGGGACUUUGGCAGCAGCGGUGAGAAAACCGAGUGGAAAACCGGAGGCCUGCAAAGUGGCGAAGAAUACACCUUCCAGCUCGUCCUCAAAACAACUGCUGGUACUUUCCCCUCCAAUGUGAUCCGUGUUCGUACGCACACCAUGGACAACCUCACCGGUCUUUACCCAACUUUCGGCUCCAUUCAGCCUGCCACCCUCCUGUCCCAGUUGCGCACCUGCCUGAGCGAUAUCGGGGCGCGUGAGGCACCCCAUAUUUCUACCGCAACGACACACUUUGUUUGCUCAUCAGCACUGGUGGGCGGAGACGACUCUGGGCGUGGCGGGCACAUAGAUGAGGUGUACGAAAAGGCUGUCGCGGCCAAUCUGCCUGUGGUCAGCCCGAGCUGGCUCCUUGCUGUCGCAGCUGAGAGGCGCCUCGUCCCCAUCGCCAACUACCUCCUUCCUUCUCCAGCGACCCCACGGGAUUCCAAUUCUGGGCCUGCGCCGUUCCGCCGUCCGUCCGAUUUGAAACGCUCAUCUCUACCUAUCAGUGGAUCUGGGUCACCAGUGCGCGAGCACCCCGAGAUCCGUUCACCAAGUCCGGAAACCAUUGCUCGCAUGAGUAACACUGGACCCGCCAUGAGCCCGUCUUCGCGACAAGGCUCUUUCGACACACGUUAUCAGCGUGCAGGGUCCGAAGGCAAGGAGGGGGAGUCGGACUCAGGCGUGCCGAUUACGCAGCAGCGAUCCCGCAGUCCCAGGCCCGAAUCAGACGGUCGCCUUGACCGUAGCUUCAAGUUUCCUACCUCAGGAUCUGGGGGUGGGAGUAAGCCGACGCCGCAAAUACGCACCAAGCUUAGCGAUGGCGAUGCCUCGAUAUCCUCGCCAGUCAUGCAAACACCUAUCGUCCACAUCCAGGCGCCAUCGACCGAUGGCCCCGUCUCUGCACCAGUUGGUUACACGCCAAUGGAAGAUGAGAUCGCGGAGAUCAAGGAAAACGACUCCCCACCUGCAUAUGAUGAGAACCAUACCAACGACGCCACGGAUGCCAAGAUCACGAGCGAUGUCAAGGACGCACGUGUGACUGCCACUGAGGCGCCGGAACACGCUGAGGACGCCGCCGACGACGUGGCUGUCGCCGCUGCAGCUCCCUCGCCCACGGCAGAAACCUCAACCAAGGCCACCGAGGACUUGGCAGACCCGGAGAAGUCGACUGCAGUAACACCUGUAGAGGCAGUCGAGGAUGCCGCGACUGUGGUCGGCUCGGUCGUCGUCACCGAGACGGGGCGGUUAGAGGAGCAAACAGCCGACACCUCUCUCGAGAAGCCGUCAACGGAGGUGCCCCCGACCGACGCUUCUAUCAACGACACUGCAAAGGAGGCGGCAAAGGAGGAGCCCUCAGUCGAAGUGGAGGUAGAAGCUAAGGCUGUUAUCGAAAGUGAUGCGGACAAGAACGACAAUCUUGCCGAUGACGCCGAGGAUGCCAACCUCACGGAUAAAGACGACACUGUUGUCGAGGUCGCGGACGAGAGCGGGACAAGCGUUAAGGACGACGCUGAGACCGGCUGUCUGAAGCUGUGAAGGACGAGAGCAAGGGCCAAGCGAUCGCCUCGGCCUCGGUGGACACUACACUGGCGAAGGCCAAGGAGACCGCCUGCAAGGCGGACACGAACGCCCCGGCCAUUUCCG